AAUCCCAAGUUGCUAACAACUGGUGCUCCCCAGUUCCAGGAACUAGUGUGAAAAAAAUGGAGAAAAUGGGAGUAUUGAUGACAUGUCCAAUGUUUUCCUACUUAGAAGAACAACUCAACAAACGUUUCAACCUCUUCAGAUUCUGGUUAACUCCUAACAAAGCCGAGUUCUUGACUCAGAACGGCGACUCAGUCCGAGCAGUCGUAGGAAACGCAUUUUUCGGUGCUGAUUCGGAGCUCAUAGACGCAUUGCCAAACUUGGAAAUUGUAUCAACUUACAGUGUAGGUUUAGAUAAGAUUGAUUUGGGGAAAUGUAAAGAAAGAGGGAUUAGAGUAACUAAUACUCCCGAUGUGCUCACGGAUGACGUGGCCGAUACAGCUAUUGGACUGGCAUUAACGACUUUGAGGAAAAUUUGUGUUGCUGAUGGCUUUGUGAGACGCGGGUUAUGGAAAAAUCGCGAUUUUGAGCUGACAACUAAGUUCAGUGGUAAAUUGGUUGGCAUAAUUGGAUUGGGCAGAAUUGGUUCAGCAAUAGCAAAGAGAGCUGAAGCUUUUGGAUGCCCCAUUAGCUACCAUUCCAGAUCAAAGAAACCAAACAUAAACUACAAAUACUACUCUAAUGUCGUCGAUUUGGCUGAAAAUUCUGAAAUCCUUAUUGUUGCAUGCGCUUUGACUGAAGAAACACGGCACAUUGUCAAUCGAAAAGUGCUUAAUGCAUUAGGUCCAAAGGGCAUCUUAAUCAACAUAGGACGAGGUGCACAUGUAGAUGAAUCUGAACUUGUAGCUGCACUGAUUGAAGGUCGUAUUGGUGGGGCUGGUCUUGAUGUUUAUCAGACGGAACCAGAUGUUCCUGAACGAUUAUUCGGACUUGAGAAUGUUGUUCUAUUGUCCCAUGCUGCAAGUGAUACAGUAGAAACUUGCACAGCCAUGGCCGACCUUGUUGUUGCAAACUUGGAAGCUCAUUUUCUUCACAAACCAUUGUUGACUCCUGUGCUCUGAACAUGUGCAUUCAUCAGUGCUUAGCAUGACUUUAAUAUCCUUGAAUACAUUGAGCAUUUCCAAGAUUCUGAAAUUGUAUUCAUUUCUAUUUGGUGAUGAAAAACUACAAUGCUUGCAUCUGUAGAAAAACCUUAUGAUUGACUAUGGGAUAUAUUUAGCAAUUUUAUCUAAAUUCAUGGCCUGCUAGCUUUGGUCAUUUUUCUGAA